AUGAGCGAAGAGUUGAAGAGAAGCGGCGGAGGAGCACUGGUGGCUCCGUCGCCGGCGUCCUCUGAUGGUCGAAAGUCCUCAACUGGGUCUACCGCUGCAGGCAAGAAAGUCAUCAUAAAGAGCGCCGACAUGAAAGAAGACAUUCAGAAAGAAGCUGUCGAAAUUGCCAUAGCUGCAUUUGAGAAGCAUAAUGUAGAGAAGGAUGUAGCAGAGCACAUAAAGAAGAUGUUUGACAAGAAGUAUGGGCCUACCUGGCAUUGUAUUGUGGGCAAGAACUUUGGGUCUUAUGUGACUCACGAGACGAACCACUUUGUUUACUUCUACUUGGAUUCAAAGGCUGUUCUUCUAUUCAAAUCUGGAUGA